AUGCCGCGGCAUGGGCAUUCCACGCCUCCAGUCGUCUCGGCUCAAGGGGACGCUACUGCCCACCUACACUACACCUACGCACACACGUACCUUUACCGUCAUCCCGCCCUGUCCGCCAAGAAGUACCCGGGGGCAGCUAUCUACUGUGUAAACAUCCCAUCCCAUAUUACCGAACGCCGGUCUCGCCUCGAGCACUUCCACCCGUGCGGUUUCCUUGCUCGCGUGCCCACGCAGCCUGACCCGAUUCCCCAUGCCGCCGCCGACGUCGGUUGGUGGGGAUCCCCCGCCAAUGGCAGCUUGGCCCUGCUGCCGAAUUGGGCAAUCCCAUUGCCUCGGUCAAUCUGA